GUCUGUUGCAGUUUAGCAGCUCGAGAUAGUCUGUGAGCGAGCGAGCAACGUUGUUUCUGGGAUUUAAUGAAGCCCGAGUGCAUAGUAAAACCUACGUCGAUUGCAAAAAGACAUCAUUUAUUUGCUAAAGAGCACGAUAGAGUCAGAUUGUGGUGAGCAGUCGUAGUGGGGAUUAGCGUUUUAGCCUCGAGCUAACUGUUAGCCCCGAGCUAAGUAGGAUUUUGUAGUCAACGCAAGGGCACGUUAAUUGGAAGCAUUUUAUGUCGAACAACUAAACGGUUAUUGAAAUAAAUUACGAAAAUGAUAAGAAAACUCAUUAGCUCGUGGCUCGUUUAUCAGGUGCGUUCAGGUGACUCGAGAAAACCUGUCAGUGGGACAGGAGAAAACUAAAUGCUGGCCCCCAGCGGAUAUUUGAAGGAAAAAAACACGUAUACAGCACUAUGAAUAUUUUCAAUGAGUUUUGGGCUCAAAUUGGCAAGUGUUGAUGAAGUGUAGCGCUAUUUUGCCUCACCCUAUCUGAUCAAUGCCAUCAGUUGCACUAUUGUUUUGCUUGUACUAGAAAGUCUUUCCUAAUCACAUGACCCGGUAACUCGAUCAGUACCCGGCGUCCUAUGCGGUGUCGGGUUACCACAGCUUCUUGAGGACCGGUGUCCAUGGUGAUGGACCGAGCCACGAUCCAUCAACGAAUCAAGUUUACAGAGAGCCGUCUGAGCCCUCCCCCAUAUUUUUGAUGUCAAACCUGAAGGAUGAGCCACGGCAGCCGCCAUGUCCUGCAGCAGCGCUCCCACUAACGCCGAAAGCCUGGAGGGCUUCCACGAGGUCAACCUGGCCUCGCCCACCACGCCUGAUCUGCAGAACCAAGCGGAGCAGCGUUCUCCCACCUGCCACAGCACGCCGCCCACCUCCCUGUACCGCACCCACUCGCUGGGGGCGCCGCCCGCCGGUUUGCGGGCCGACCAGCUCCCCACGCGGCCCGUCUAUUCCACGCCGCCGCACGCUCACAAUGGCGGCGUACCUGAGGCGGACGCGACGGACAUCAACUUCCUGUCGUGCGACGACGGUGAGGAGUGCGGCACGUUGGCCGAGAGCUUUUCGCGCCUACGCAGCCCUUCGGUCAUGGAGGUGCGAGAGAAAGGAUACGAGCGCCUGAAGGACGAACUGGCCAAAGCGCAGAGGGAGCUGCUGUUAAAGGAUGAGGAGUGUGAGAGGUUGUCAAAAGUGCGCGAUCAGCUGGGCCAGGAGCUGGAGGAGCUCACCGCCAGCCUCUUCCAGGAGGCCCACAAGAUGGUGAGAGAAGCCAACGUCAAGCAGGCCAACGCCGAGAAGCAGCUGAAAGAAGCUCUGGGCAAGAUUGACGUCCUCCAGGCGGAGGUGCAGGCCCUCAAGACCCUGGUCCUUUCGUCUCCCACCUCACCCGUGGGCGAGCUCCCCAACGUGGGCGCCAAAACGGCCUUCCGGAAGGGUCACAGCCGAAACAAGAGCACCUCCUCCGCCAUCUUGGGGACGCAGCCCGACCCGUCCGCCACGCAGCCCAUCGUGCGGGAGUGUCGAGAGGCGGACGCGCAGCUCUUCAGUGAGUUCAAGGCUUGGAAGGAGGAUCCCACGCUGGACCGCGGCUGCUGCUUUCUGGAACGAGUUUACCGCGAGGACAUUUACCCUUGCCUCACCUUUAGCAAGAGCGAGCUGGGGUCGUCCAUCUUGGAAUCGGUGGAGCGAAACACGCUCGGCGUGGAGCCGGUGGGAUUCCAGCCGUUGCCCGUCGUCAAAGCCUCGGCCGUGGAAUGCGGCGGACCAAAGAAGUGCGCCCUUAGCGGUCAGACCAAAACCUGCAAGCACAGAAUCAAGUUCGGGGACUCGUCCAACUAUUACUUUGUGUCGCCGUAUUGCCGAUACAGGAUCACGGCCGUGUGCAAUUUCUUCACGUACAUCCGUUACAUCCACCAGGGGCUGGUCAAGCAGCAGGACGCCGAGCAGAUGUUCUGGGAGGUGAUGCAGCUGCGCCGCGAGAUGUCCUUGGCCAAGCUGGGCUACUUUAAAGACAACCUGUGACCGAGCGACACCGCGUUUCCACGCAAGGUGACAAAGCGGUUGGGGAUCACUCAGCGGUGUUCCGUUUUUGUCAGUCUUUUCAAACGCUAGAAGGAAAUCUAAAAUUGACGACUGAUGUUUACAAACACUCCCGGUUUGAUUUCAGGGUUGCGAAAAUUGACAGUCAACCGGAAAAGGCUUCACUAUGGGAAUUGUCCAAAUGUGAGAGAGCGCGUGACCUUUUUGGUUAUUUUAGCGAGCGAUAGCGCUUACAACACUCAUCAUUUUGUAAAUGAAGGGACAAUACGCUUAUGUCAAGGUUGUGUAUUUCAUUUAUCAUUCCCAAAGUCAAGUUCUGAUGUUGGAAUUUUACAACCCUGGAGGUAAGGCUCAUUCACCCCACCAUUUUGUAUGCUGCGUUCAAAGGCAAACUUGCCACCUUCAUCUCAUUUAUUUGCGGGGAAAUAGGAAUUUAUCUUGUAUAUUUGUAAUGAAAGAAAAUGAACUCUUAAGACACCAAACACUCUGAAGGACCUUUUAUUUUUUGGAAGUUGAACUUGUCUUUCUGUGUGCCUGUGUAUUAAGUUUGUUUGUCAAGUGAACCUCUCAUUCCAAGUCAAUGUCACUCCUCCUCUCCUACUUUACUUUAGUGCCUUUUCUCUCACGAUGAAAUAAACAAAUGAAUUCAAAAAGCAGCGGUGCCGCUAGUCCGUUUUUCUUGCAGACUCUGGAAACGGAUGUACGAGUGUUUUGCUGGCACCUUGUGGCUUCAUUUGGUAAUUCACCAAUGUUUUCUUGACUUAAAUUUGGGGGUCAAAAAUAUACAACACGGAGUUGCCUUUUCUCACUUUAUUUCA